UUAAAUGUGUAUUUGUCUUCUUGGCUCCUGAUUAGAGAACACAAAAUGAAUAACUCAACAAACUCCUCUAACAAUGGCCUGGCUCUGACCAGUCCUUAUAAGACAUUUGAAGUGGUGUUUAUUGUCCUUGUGGCUGGAUCCCUCAGUUUGGUGACCAUUAUUGGGAACAUCCUGGUCAUGGUCUCCAUUAAAGUCAACCGCCACCUCCAGACCGUCAACAAUUACUUUUUGUUCAGCUUGGCCUGUGCUGACCUCAUCAUUGGUGUUUUCUCCAUGAACUUGUAUACCCUCUACACUGUGAUUGGCUACUGGCCUUUGGGACCUGUGGUGUGUGACCUUUGGCUAGCCCUGGACUAUGUGGUCAGCAAUGCCUCAGUGAUGAAUCUGCUCAUCAUCAGCUUUGACAGGUACUUCUGUGUCACGAAACCGCUCACCUACCCAGUCAAGCGGACCACGAAAAUGGCAGGUAUGAUGAUUGCAGCUGCCUGGGUCCUCUCCUUCAUCCUCUGGGCUCCGGCCAUUCUCUUCUGGCAGUUCAUUGUAGGGGUGAGAACUGUGGAGGAUGGGGAAUGCUACAUUCAGUUUUUUUCCAAUGCUGCUGUCACUUUUGGUACAGCCAUUGCAGCCUUCUAUUUGCCUGUGAUCAUCAUGACUGUGUUAUACUGGCACAUAUCCCGAGCCAGCAAGAGCAGGAUAAAGAAAGACAAGAAGGAGCCUGUGGCCAACCAAGAUCCAGUUUCUCCAAGUCUGAUACAAGGAAGGAUAGUGAAGCCAAACAACAACAACAUGCCCGGCAGUGAUGAUGCCCUGGAGCACAACAAAAUCCAGAAUGGCAAAGCCCCCAGAGAUGCUGUGACUGAAAACUGUGUCCAGGGGGAGGAGAAAGAGAGCUCCAAUGAUUCCACCUCAGUCAGUGCUGUCGCCUCUAAUAUGAGAGAUGAUGAAAUAACCCAGGAUGAAAACACAGUUUCCACUUCCUUGGGCCAUUCCAAAGAUGAGAACUCUAAGCAAACAUGCAUCAAAAUUGUCACCAAGACCCAAAAAGGUGACUCAUGUACCCCAACUAAUACCACCGUGGAGCUAGUUGGUUCUUCAAGUCAAAAUGGAGAUGAAAAACAGAACAUCGUAGCUCGAAAGAUUGUGAAAAUGACUAAGCAGCCUGCAAAAAGGAAGCCUCCUCCUUCCCGGGAAAAGAAAGUGACCAGGACGAUCUUGGCUAUUCUGUUGGCUUUCAUCAUCACUUGGGCCCCAUACAAUGUCAUGGUGCUCAUUAACACCUUCUGUGCACCUUGCAUCCCCAACACAGUGUGGACAAUUGGUUAUUGGCUCUGUUACAUCAACAGCACUAUCAACCCCGCCUGUUAUGCACUUUGUAAUGCCACCUUCAAGAAGACCUUUAAACACCUUCUCAUGUGUCAUUACAAGAACAUAGGCGCUACAAGGUAAAACAUCCUUGUAAAGAUGGAAGGUGAUCAAGGGGAGCUUGGGAAGAAGAAAAGGGAUAAAAGAGCUCCUAGUUUUAAAAUCUCUGCCAUUGCACUUUAUAGUCUUAUUAUGGAAUGUGCAAUUAAGGAGCCCAACAGUGACACUCUUACGGUGCCUAUGCUCCAGUUUGAGAAACUUGCACCUUAUAAACCCUGUCAGUUUAGGAGCAAUGAGGCCAUGAAAGAGAUGUGUUGGACUUGUGGAUUUAAGGAACUGUCUACGCUUUCUCAUACGCUCUUGAAGAAGGGCUUUUGAAUCUACAAUUUUAUCUCUGCACAAUAAGAUUAAUAACCUCGCUCCAUUUUUUUCAUUUUUUUUAUUUCCCGUGUGUCCAUAUGAGGAUGAAAUGCCACAAUUACAAGUUAACAUGCAGACUUAAACAGAAAGAAAUAGACAUACACUGAGGAAGUGAAGGAAGAAAAUCAAAAAAGGAUGUAGAAAUGGUCUCCAGAGUGUUAACCAUAUAUUAUUCUUUUGUUAUGAUUUUAUUUGGAAAAAUGCAACAUAACAAAUGCUUAUUUUUUUACCUUCCC